AUGUACCACCUCUUCAAAUCCAUAUAUCUACAUGCCACCAGCAAGGAAGAAUACUCCGUCCUCCUCCUCGGCCUCGACAACGCCGGCAAAACCACGCUCCUCGAGCAGAUAAAAGCCGCCUACACGCCCUCGCACCCCAACCUCAAAACCGUGCCCACCGUCGGCCAAAACGUCGCAACCGUCGAACUCCCCAAACCCAACAUCUACCUCAAGAUAUGGGACGUCGGCGGGCAACAUAGCCUGCGCGGCCUGUGGCAAAGCUACUUCUCCUCGUGCCAUGCCAUCGUCUUCGUCAUUGACAGCAGCGACGUGGGCAACGCCACUUUAUCCGAGCUCUCAUCCACGCCGUCGUCGGAUUUAGAUACGGGCCGAUUGGACGAGUGUAGAUUGGUGCUGGAGAGUGUGCUUGAGAAUGAGGAUACGAGCGGCGUGCCGAUUUUGGUUCUGGCGAAUAAGCAGGAUCGCGAGGAUUGCGUCGAGGUGGUGAGGAUUAAAGAGGGGUUUGUGCGGAAGGUGUUUGAGGGGGAGAAGGGGGGGAAUGUGAGGGAUAGUAGGGUGUUGCCAUGUAGUGCGUUGACGGGGACGGGGGUUAGGGAGGCGGUGGAGUGGUUAUGUAGUCGGAUGGAAUUCAAUCGAGAGAGUAGAGCGCCGGUUAUGAGGUAG